AAAUUUUACCCUUACUCUGUCUUCAAAGUCCUCCAAGAAAACACCAAGAAAAUUUUCUGGCUCUUCCAAGAAAAAAAACAAACAGAAAUGCGGAGACACUUGGUUUUUUGGCUUCAAUGCACUGCCAUCUUGCUGCUGUUAUCUCCAGUUUCAUCUCUUGCAAGACCACUUCCUCAAGGAGACCCACUUUACUUGAACUUCGUGUUGAAUGCGACGUAUUUUCCAUCCGAGGACUACUAUGACUACAUCGUCGUAGGAGGAGGGACCGCAGGUUGUCCAUUAGCCGCCACUUUGUCACAGUCAUAUCGGGUUCUUGUCCUUGAAAGAGGAGGCGUUCCCUAUGGUAACCAAAAUUUGAUGAAUCAAGAAGGGUUCUUGACCACACUCACCGAGGUCGACACCUUCGACUCUCCUGCUCAGAGCUUUACUUCCGAGGACGGGGUCCUAAACGCCCGUGGACGUGUUCUUGGUGGCAGUAGUGCCAUCAAUGCCGGCUUCUAUAGUCGAGCUGAUCCUGAGUUUUAUGAGAGUUCCGGUGUGAAUUGGGAUCUCAGUUUGGUUAACCAAUCUUAUGAGUGGGUUGAGAGGGGAGUUGUGUUUAGGCCAGAGUUAAAGAACUGGCAAUCAGCUGUUAGGGAUGCUUUGCUAGAGGCAGGGAUUGAUCCUUACCAUGGCUUUACUUUGGACCAUUUGGUUGGAACAAAGAUUGGAGGCUCCACUUUUGAUAGCUCCGGCAAGAGGCAUAGCUCCGCGGAUCUUCUGAAUUAUGCAAAACCAGCAAACAUUAAAGUGGCACUUUAUGCAAGUGUGGAAAGGGUAUUACUGGCUUCUUCUUCUUCAAAUGUGUUGUCUCGGCAGUCUGCGAUCGGGGUCGUGUAUCGCGAUGAAACUGGAAGGUAUCACCACGCUAUGGUGAAGGAAAAAGGUGAGGUGCUGCUAUGUGCUGGAGCCAUUGGAAGUCCACAGUUAUUGCUGCUGAGUGGAAUUGGUCCAAGGCCUUACUUGUCUUCUUGGGGAAUUCCGGUUGUAUAUCACCAUCCAUAUGUAGGCCAAUUUGUCUACGAUAAUCCGAGGAACGGCAUCUCAAUUUUGCCUCCAAUCCCACUAGAGUACUCACUUAUACAGGUUGCCGGGAUAACGGAAAUGGGGGCAUAUGUUGAGGCUGCUUCAAAUGUUAUUCCUUUUACAACCCCUUCACGCUCUGCGUUCAUUAGACCGCCUUCUUCCCCUCUGCUUUUAACAGUGGCUACUAUCAUGGAGAAGAUUGUCGGGCCUAUUUCAACUGGUUCGUUAAGGUUGGCCUCGACUGAUGUCAGGGUGAAUCCCAUAGUACGCUUUAACUACUUUAGCAAUCCCAUAGACUUGGAGAGAUGUGUGAAUGGAACACGCAAGAUUGGGGAUAUCUUGAGGAGUCGAUCCAUGGAUGAUUUUAAGUUCAACGAAUGGUUUGGGGGCAGAAAUUUCAGGUUUGUAGGGCCUUCAUUGCCUGUUGACCAAUCAAACUAUGAACAGAUGGCAGAUUUUUGCCGGCGUACUGUGAGCACCAUAUGGCAUUACCAUGGUGGCUGUGUUGUGGGGAGAGUGGUUGAUCAAAAUUAUCAUGCUAUCGGGAUUGAUGCGCUCAGAGUAGUCGACGGAUCAACGUUUACUAUAUCGCCAGGAACCAACCCUCAGGCAACAGUGAUGAUGCUUGGGAGGUACGUUGGCCUGAGGAUAAUCAAAGAGCGAAAGCGAUUGAAAUGAAGCCUGCUGCUGGUCUGCUAUUCAGAUAACUGGCUAAUUGUUUUUAGUUUUCAGUUUUACUUUUGGUUGGUGAUAGAUCAAAGGUGUGUCUUAAAUUUUGGUGAUUGGUUUAUUCGUAAAAGGAACAUGGCUGAUAAAGAAGAUUGGAGAGGAUUGUUGUACUCGUCAUGUAGAGAUGUAAAUAGCAGAUAUCAUGGAAUUCUCUCUUUUUUUUUUUUUUUUUUUGCAUUCAGGGUGUCAUAAAUUUUUUUGAUUUGCUUGUAGAGCAGUCUGUGUUGGAGUUGUUCUCUCGAAUUUGUCAAAGGGGACUUGGUGCACAUAUUUGUCAAAAAGCUACAUAAGUAGAUGGCUUGGUUGGGGUGUGGGAUGCCUCGUUCAGUGUCAUAGGAUAACGUGAGAUGUGGAUCUUUCUGAAGGAAUUUGUGUCUGAAUUGCAUUAAUAAAAAUUUUUCUUAGAAAUAAGAA